GGGGCUCUUAGAAGUCAUACCAUACAUUCUAGACUCCCCAGUGUCCCACAAAAAUAUCAUUUUAUUCCCUCAUUUUUUCAUAACAUAUUUUAUGGCAGCUUGCUCUUUUAAGCAUUAGUUGGUUUAGAAAUGUUCCCUAUAGUGCAUGUUAGUGGCAAGGAAAUGACAAUGGGUGAUAGUGAGAAUGAGAAUGGAAAAAUCAUUGGGAAGUGGAACAAACAUGUGCAUGUUUUUGGUGAGAGGCUAAGGAAAGUUCCUAGUUUGGUUUGGAAGACUACAUGGAAUGUUGGUUAUGAAGAUCCAAGAAGAGUGAUUCAUGCAUUCAAAGUUGGUUUGUCUCUCACUUUAGCUUCUUUGUUGUAUUUGUUGGAGCCACUUUACCAUGAGAUUGGGCAAAGUGCAAUUUGGGCUGUCAUGACUGUGGUUGUUGUGCUUGAGUUCACUUCUGGGGCAACUUUAUGCAAAGGGCUUAACAGAGCAUUGGGGACACUGUUAGCUGGAUUAUUGGCAUUCAUUGUUAGCUAUAUUGCAACUGCAUCAUCUGAUCGGAUCUUUCAAGCUGUUAUCAUUGGAGCCGCAAUUUUUUUUAUAGGAGGUUUAUCUACUUAUAUGAGAUUCAUUCCCUAUAUAAAGAAGAACUAUGACUAUGGCCUAGUUAUAUUUCUCAUGACAUUUAACUUGAUUGCUUUGUCAAGCUACCGUGUCGACAGUGUGUUGAAGAUAGCACACGAACGCUUAUCCUCCAUUGCUAUAGGUUGUGCCAUUUGCCUUAUAAUGAGUCUAUUGAUGUUUCCAAAUUGGUCAGGAGAAGACCUGCACAAUUCUACUGCUUUCAAGCUUGAAGGCCUUGCCAAAUCUAUAGAGGCUUGUGUCAAUGUAUAUUUUUAUGGAGAAGUUGAUACCAACGGAGAUAACAAAUCGUCUGAAGAUCCCAUAUACAAAGGUUAUAAAAAUGUUUUGGAUUCAAAAUCCAUUGAUGAAACACUGGCAUUGCAUGCAAGUUGGGAGCCAAGGCAUUCUUGUCACAGAUUUCCAUGGCAGCAGUAUGUAAAAGUUGGAGCCAUUCUUCGCCAAUUCGGCUACACCGUGGUAGCUCUACAUGGUUGUUUGAGAUCAGAAAUUCAGACGCCAAGAUCAGUCAGAGCCAUGUUCAAGGAUCCAUGCAUAAGGCUUGCAGCAGAAGUAUCAAAAGUACUAAUAGAACUUUCCAACAGUAUAAGAAACCGUCGCCAUUGCUCGCCUGAAAUACUCUCUGAUCAUCUUCAUGAAGCCUUGCAGGAUCUCAACACUGCCAUAAAAUCUCAACCUCGUCUCUUCUUAGGCCCGAAACACAAACACAACCAUGCAAACAACAUGCUCAAAAUAGCUGCUGCACAAGUUGAACAAGGUAGACAAGGAAAAACCUCAGGAUUCUCGUUAUCGAGUGUUAAAACUGAUUCUUCUGCAUUGUUUGAAUGGAAAACCAAAAGAGAUUCAUUAAUGCAGUUGAAGGAAAACGAAAGAAAGUCUUUGAGACCUCAAUUGAGUAAAAUUGCAAUCACUAGUCUUGAAUUCUCUGAGGCACUUCCUUUUGCUGCUUUUGCAUCUUUGCUUGUGGAAACAGUUGCAAAAUUGGAUCUUGUGAUCGAGGAAGUUGAAGAACUUGGGAGAUUAGCUUGCUUUAAAGAGUUUACACCUGGUGAUGAGAUUGUUGUGACUUGUGAGGAACCACGGGUUGAUGUUUCGCGCAACAACUUACCUUCUCAUGGAAUGGAAUAGACCAAUUAAGUGAUCGAGACAAAACCUUUAUGGUCUGUUAUUUGAUGAAUGAUUGUGACGAAUAGUAUUAAACAUGAAUUAUUUGAGUAUGUUUUAAA